UCACUUCCGUGAUAAACAUCACCGAUUCGGAGAACAGUAUGGGGUAACGUAAUGCUCAGCACAACAAGGUAGUGUUUUCAAUUAAUGCGGCGUGGGGCGACUAACGUUAUAUUUUCUUUUUUUUUUUUUACCACGAGGAAGUGACACACGCUGAGAGGGCUUAUAACGUUAUAGUGACGCACUGGUAAUGCGGUCAGUCGGGUAGAAAGGUCGCUCCUCCACAGCUGAAGCUACCAGUGUGAACGCCUCAGCUGAUCUCAUCUGCUGCUUGGAUCCCUCAUUACAUUCUGCAGAGAGUGGACUCACUAUCAGGACACAGAGGUGAAUUAGUGUAGCUCCUUCCAAAAUGAGCCGGGACGUCCCAAUCCACAGCUGGCCCGGCUCCUAUUACAUCAACAGUGAGAAGAGGUGGGAGAGCGGCACCCUGUCUCUCACUAGGACCAUGGUGCGCUUUGUCUCUAACCAGAGUAAGGAGAGUCUUGCCAGCUUCCGUCUCUCCAGGAUCAUGGAGAUCAAGAUGGAGUCAUCCAGUUUCAUCUUCAGCACUCUCACAGUGCUUGAAGAGGGCAAUGUGAAACACUGGUUUGGCUCCCUUAAGCCCAACAGGGUGGUGGCUUAUAAUGUGUUAGAGCAUUUCUGGAGAGAACGCCUUCUGUCCCCUGGGUCAGAGCCCCGUGGGGCUGAAUGUCAACCCUCUAAAGGCAGAGAGCUGAUCAGCCUGGUGGCUGGGGCCCAGAGGAGACUGGAGGACACUGGCAUAGUCAUCAGCCACCAAGGAGAGCAGUUUGACAAUAUGAUGCAAGGACUGGAGAAGAUUGACUCAGACCUGGGCGUGGCUGAUAAACUUUUGUCAGAGCUGGAGUCUCCCGCCUGGUGGCCUUUUGGUAAACUCCCAUGGAAAGCUCAGCAGGAAGCCAAGGUUGAGGGUGCUGCAAGAGCUGCAGCUGCUGCUGCCGCUGGCAGAGGGUCCGGUAGGAAUAAGGUGAUCACAAGCAUCCCAGCUGUAGUGACCAGAGGCGGGGACUCGGACUUAAAACCCGGAUGCUUGUUGGUGCUGGUGUCCUCACUGGAGGUGCGAGACACAAACUGCCAACUACUUCACCGCUUCGAACGAAAUGAAAUCGACGAAAUCAGGGUGCACAGUCCUUAUGAGAUCACUGUUAAACAGCGGUUUAUUGGGAAGCCAGAUAUAUGCUACAGGUUCCUGUCUGCCAAGAUGCCAGAGGCAAUGUGUGUGUUAGAGAUGCAGUACAAGAAGAAGGUGGAGUUCACUAGUGAAUAUGCUGCUUUCAGGGCAACUCCAGUUUCAUCUCCAUGUGACACAGAGGGGCCAAACUGGAAUGAAGGUUUGCUACAGAAGUGCCAAGACACAGAGCUCCCACUGGAGGUCCCAGCAGGAGAUCUGUCCCAGUUGCAGGUGCAUGUCCUCCAGCCAUCUGUCAGUCAGGCUGAGGCCCAGGAACUCAAACAGAUGCUUAUGCAGCUGAAGAACCUUGCCCUGGAGGCAGAGACAGAGCUGGAACGGCAGGACGAGGUUCUGGACGUCCUAACCAACUCCACUGACCGAUCCACCAUGCACAUAGAGAAGCACACCUGCCGCAUGAAGAGACUGCUGUAGCUCUGACAGUCCAGCAGACACACGUGGCGCAACCAGAUUCUUCCUUAGGAAUACACUGUAAGCUUCCUCAUUGUCCUCACUGGAUUGGUACAGUGUGAGAACACACAGCAGUAGGGACUUCAAUAUACUAUAAAUGGUUCAGAGGAUUUUUGUUGAAUUUGAUGGGAUAUUCUUAUAAUCACAUUGGUUCAAGUGUCAGUGAUUUUUGGGGAGAGCAGCAAUGUUUGCUAAAGAUGUUUGUGUGAUUAUGUCUUUUAAAAUGACUCUAAACAAUGGUUCUUUCUGUUAUGUGUCUUAUGUGGGCUCAUACAUUUUGACAUAAGUUUUAAUUGUGCAAAUAUAAAUUAGCCAUUAUUUUGUUUGACUGAGAUAAUUGAGCCCUCUGAAUGUGCAUCCUGCAGCAUUUAGCAGCUGUGGCUAGCAUGGUUAGCACAAUCGGUUCAGUGUCCAGGUUCAGUGCCUGGUAGUGGUGCUUACGGCUUGGCUCAGCAGAUUCAGUUUGUGGGGGAUUACGUCUUUGUCGGUGCACAGAUGACUCCUACUGAUUGGUCGUGGCACUUGAGUGGGAUUUGGGGGAAUAGCAUGAAUCCUCCUGGCAUGUCAUGCCCUCCCAGUGAAGGAGGCAGGUGGCAGACAGCAAUGACAACCACUACAGUGAAUGGCAAAAUGGACAUUUAAAAUGCGACAAAGAAAAUAACUAGUCUAUUUAUUCACGCUGUUCAUCUAAAACAAACUGCAUGUUUUUAUUGGUUUUAUUUGCAAGACUGAUUUGGUGAAAUAACAGAAUCUGUAAGAAUAAGGGAUAACCCUGGUUUCCUCUUGUUUAUGUAAGUUGGAUGAGAGAUUUUAUGUUUCUUUUCCCAGGACGGCAAAGUCAUGACCCGCCCUACACUGCCUCUGAUUGGCUUACCCUGACAUUUUUACCCUAACCCUAACCUAUCUCACUCUUAUGCCUAAACCAUAACAACCAAACUAAUGAGUACUGCAGUCAUAGGCAGAGAAGGGGUCAUGACUUAGCCACCCUCGGAAAAAUAGUUUUGCACUGGGUGAACAGGUUUUCCACUAACAGUAAUAGACUGACAGAAGAUGACAGAUGUGUUUCAGUGUCAUCCCAGUAAUAUCCAUGUUUUUGAUGAUGUACUGCCAAUCUUCCUUUUUAUAAUUGUCUCUGUCCUGAUGACUUGUCUCUCUCUGCCAAGGUGUCACUUAUCCUCUUUACACGGUUUCCCUGUAGCUUAAUGUUGCAUGUCUCAAUAUUACUGCUUUGUAUUGCAUCAAGUGCCCCAUCAAUAUCAAUAUACUAUAUGGCAGAAGACUGUAAAUGUGCAACUAAGUUCUGAGACUUGAAAACAAUAUAGAAAGCACCCUCUCUUUGUUUUUAAAUGAUAUAAUACUCCAAGGUCCACAUAUACUGUAUAUGUCUUGCCUAAGACUGGUAGUAUUCUAAAUCUGUAUAAUCUGUAAAUAACUGACACAUGUAUUGUAAUUCUGUGAUAUUAUUGUGGUUUGCUAUCAUUGUGAACAUGCAAUUGACUGUCAGUUUAACUUAAAAUAUCUUUAUCAUGUGUUUAAAAUGAUGAUUUCAGUCCUGUAUACAUGCUUCUUUUUGCUGAUGAUAUCACAUUUACCUUGACUGAAUACUGGAAACUAGACAGUUAGCUCUAAAUAUAAAUGGAAAAGUGCACCUGCAUCUUUCAUAGCAAACAAAUGAAUGAAUAAAGCAACACUUUAUUGUAAGCAUUGGAAUGAAUUUCAGCUUGCAAGUCAUCUUUGAAUGCAUAUUAUUUGCAAUAAAAUACAACAAAAAUCUCAAAUAUUACUGAUAAA